AUGUUAUUUGGAGAAUGUUUUCUUGACUUGUUACUAUUUCAUCUUUUUGUACACAGGAGAUUAAAUGUUCGAGUGAAUAUUGAGCUACUGUCAAUUUCCAGUCCUGUUCAUAAAAAGGAUUUAGCUGUUCGAUUGACUGAUGAUACUGAUCCUUUUUUCCUUUAUAACCUUGUCAUAUCUGAGGAAGAUUUUCAAAGUUUAAAAUCCCAGCAAGGUCUCUUGGUAGACUUUUCUGCUUUCCCACAAAAAUUCAUAGAUCUGCUUCAGCAAUGCAUUCAGGAACAGAACAAAGAUACCCCAAGGUUUUUGCUGCAGUUAGUUUCUUCAGCAUCUGUUCUAGAUCACACACCUGUCUCUUUAAAUGUAGUGGAGACCAACCCUUUUAAACAUCUUACUCAUCUCUCUCUGAAAUUCCUACCAGGAAAUGAUGCAGAAAUAAAGAAGUUUUUAGCCAGCUGUUUGAAAUGCCUUAAGGAAGACAAAAUGAUGUUGGAAGAAAAGCUUAGAAAAACUGAAGAGGAUCUUACCAGACAACUGAGCUACACUCAACAGAGCUUGUCAGAGAAGAGCCGAGAACUAGACAAACUGAAAAAUGAAUGGACAUCAUACACUACAGCUCUAACAAACAAACACACACAGGAGCUGACAAAUGAAAAGGAAAGAGCUCUCCAGGCACAAGCUCAAUACCAACAUCAGCAUGAACAACAGAAAAAGGAAUUAGAAAAUUUGCAUCAGAAAAGUAUUCAACAGUUGCAGAACAGACUCUCAGAACUUGAGGUCAUCAAUAAAGAUCUAACUGAAAGGAGAUACAAAGGAGAGUCGACAGUCAGAGAACUGAAAGCAAAGCUUUCUGGAAUAGAAGAUGAAUGUCAAAGAGCAAAGCAGGAGGUGCUCUCACUGCGUCGGGAGAACGCUACUCUGGAUGCUGAAUGUCAUGAAAAAGAGAAACUUGUUAAUCAGCUACAGACACGGGUUGCUGUUCUGGAACAAGAGAUCAAAGAUAAAGAUCAGCUAGUCAUUAGAACAAAAGAAGUAUUAGAUGCGACACAAGAACAAAAGGUGAUACUGGAAGAGAGUACAGAGAAAAAACAAAGUCAUAUUGAGAAACUAGAGACAACAAUUAAGUCACUGUCAGCUGAACUUCUUAAGGCUAAUGAAAUUAUUAAGAAGUUACAAGGAGACUUGAAAACUCUAAUGAGUAAAUUAAAAUUGAAAAAUACAGUAACAAUUCAACAGGAAAAACUAUUGGCAGAAAAGGAAGAGAGACUUCAAAAAGAGCAGAGAGCAUUGCAGGAGACAGGACAAUCUCUUCAAAUGAAAGAGCAGGAGGUUUGCAAGCUACAAGAACAGCUAGAAACUACCAUACAAAAACUAGAAGAAAGUAAGCAGUUACUGAAAACCAAUGAAAAUGUGAUCACAUGGUUAAACAAACAGCUGAAUGAAAUUCAGAUGGCCAAGAAGCUAGAGACUCCUGCCAGUACGCAUGGUGGGGUCAGGACUGCUGUUUCACCUCAGGGCAUGCCUGACCGACCAUCCUUUCCCAGCUCAGGAAUCAAUCAUCCCAUUUCUCCUCUCUACGCCUUCCAGAACUUUCUGGAACCAGCACACAACAAAAGCAUCAACCCACACUGUCCAGUACCAAAGAUCCAGUUUAACACACAGCUUUCUAAAAUGAAUCGAUGUGCAGAUGUUCAGACAGCGACUGCUGCAACCAGUCAUCCGGCAAAUAAGGAGAAUGGUGACAAUUUGGUGCUGGAAUCAAAGUAUUUCAAGAAAAAAGACGACAGCAUUCCUUUACGAGGGCUUAGUCAAAAUACACUUAACUCAGAGUACCUGAAACCGUACUUAACAAAAGCCCAGCCGUCACCAAAAGCUGCAGUAACACAAGCCUCAGCUUACUUCCCUGGAUAG